AACCAAGUCCCUUCAAACUUGCCAAAUACCAUAACUCCCCAUCCUCUCUCUCUUGUUGUCUACCAAGACACUGUUGUUGUUGAGGGAGAUGAAUAGUACCUUGUUUCCCCUUUUGUAGGAAACUAUGUUCCUAUUUCUCUUCUUACAUUUCUGAAAACAAAGCCAACAUAAAGCCAACCACCCAAAUCUCACUACCACUUCUACUCUUCUUUUACAUGUAAGUUGUAACCCUCCUUUGCCACACUUUGUAAUUAGGUUUUCAUCAAUCAACCAAAGAUUCAUGAAAGAGCUCAAAACUAAAAACCCAUCAACCUUUUCUUGAAUCUUGUUGAUCUCUCAAAUCCUCUAGAUCUAUGUGCACAUAAGUGAAAGAAUAGUAUAUGAAACCCUAGUUCUUGAUCCAGACAAAAUGAACUCAAAUCAAGAAGUGGUGAACUCAGCAAACUCAUCAGUCAACACAAGCAUGCUAAUCUCCACUUCAAACACAAACUCCUUAGCUUCCUCCUCAUCCAAUUCCGCCACGUCACCAACAACCCUAAGCCGCUAUGAGAACCAGAAGCGCCGCGACUGGAACACCUUCGGGCAGUACCUCCGCAACCACCGCCCCCCGCUCUCUCUGGCCCGCUGCAGCGGGGCCCACGUUCUUGAAUUUCUCCGGUACCUCGACCAGUUCGGGAAGACCAAGGUGCACAACCAGCUGUGCCCGUUUUACGGGCACCCUAACCCUCCUGCCCCGUGUCCCUGCCCGCUGAGGCAGGCUUGGGGCAGCCUUGAUGCGCUCAUAGGCCGCCUCAGGGCGGCCUAUGAGGAAAAUGGCGGGAAGCCUGAAGCGAACCCUUUCGGGGCUCGUGCUGUGAGGCUCUAUCUCCGUGAAAUACGGGACUCGCAGUCGAAAGCGAGGGGGAUUAGCUAUGAGAAGAAGAAGAGAAAGAGGCCAUCACAGAUGCAACAUCUACCAGCUGCUGCACUGUUGCAAGCUCCCCCAUCAUCCAACUUAAAUGGAUGAUGAUGGUUGAUGAUUGCCUCGGUUAAUCUCGUAUUCUAUAUUUAUUUAUAUCUGUCACUAGCGUUUCUAGUUGCGAUUUCUGUGAUUUCUUUGUCAACUAUUGAUCUAUCAGCUAUUUGAGAACUGCAUUAUGAAAUAUCUAUAAUAAUGUUAUAUGAGAUUGAUCUGAUCAAA